AUGCCGGUCCAUGCAAAGCCAGUCAAGAAAGUAUUGGAAGAAGCUGACAAUCCUAACUCUUCGACUUCAACAAAGAAUAUCGUGAAAGGAAAAUAUUUCGACCGUGUGGUUAUUAUCGUAAUGGAAAAUCAAAAUUAUGAUGUUGCUUACAAAAACAAAUUCAUCAAGAAUCUUAAUAAAGAGUACGGAAAUGGUAUACUCUUAACAAAUUAUCUUGCAACCACACAUCCCUCCCAACCAAACUAUAUUGCCUUGAUUAGCGGUUCAACCAGAGGUACAAACGAAGAUGACGAAUCCAAUAUUGAUCGUAAAAACUUGGUAGAUUUGUUGGAAAAAAGAGGUGUUUCUUGGAAAACUUAUCAAGAGGAUUACCCUGGCAACUGCAAUAAGAAAAUGGACAUUAAUAAAUACGCACGAAAACAUAACCCAUUCAUAUCGUUCAAAAACAUACAAACUAACAAACGCCGUUGCUCCAAGAUUGUAAACUCAAGUCAAUUAGACAAAGAUAUCUCGAAUAAUGCUGUCCCUCAGUUUGUAUUCUACACCCCUAAUAUCGAUAACGACGCACACGAUACGGAUAUGGCCUUUGGAUCCAGAUGGUUGAAGAGGUUUCUUGCUUCCCGUAUUAAAGAAAGAGCUUUCAAUGAGAAUACCAUGUUUGUUCUCACUUUUGAUGAAGACGAUGGAGCUUCCGAUGACAAUCGCGUUCUGACAGUGUUAUUUGGUCCCGAUUUUCAUCACAAAAUCAUAUCUGGAACAGAUAAGACAAAAUAUACGCAUUAUUCUUUACUAAGAACAAUUGAAGAUAAUUGGGAUCUUGGCGAUUUAGGACAACAUGAUAAGAAUGCAAAACUUAUCAGCUUGUAA